AUGGAGAAAAUCGAUCCAUGUAUCGAAAGAAACUCAAACAUGAUCUUCAAUAUGUAUCAGGUUAGCUUAAUCGCUAAGCCAACCAAGUUUGUUGUUGUUCCUUCUAACGUAACGAAAGAAUAUCAACUUGAAAUUAAGCAGAGAACAACAUACGUUCAGAAUGAAAACGGCAUUUACACACUUUACAUAGAUGAUAUGGAACCACUUCAUGUUAACGGCGAUGACGGCUUUUCACAAGUUUCAUGGGGGCAAAUUCAAGGUCAAAACGGACCAAUUAAAUUUAUUGUUUGCUCUCAAAAAUCAGGCUUUAAGGCACCUGUAGUACUCAGCGGUCCAUUUACUGAAAUGGAACUUUGGUAUGAUGCUUUAAGGUACAUCGUUGCAAGUACACCACCGGAAACAGAAACUUCUAAGAAAUAUCUUAAUUAUAUCGUCCAUGGCUUUGAACUCCCGAAUUCAAAAGAAUCAACUCCAGAAGUACCACCUCCACCUGAAGACGUCAAUUUCUAA